GCGACUUGAACUUUUGCCUCGCCAAAUCAUCUUUUUUUCAACCAUCGAAACAUCCUUCUUUGUCACCACUAGACCUUACAUGACUACGAAUUCACCAUUUGUCUAGUCAUUAAUCACGAGUCUGAAAUUUACCGGUGGUGAACAACAAGUCGCCUCUUACUUAACGACAUCCUCCAUUUCGAUCUCGCCCAGUCUGAGCUUAGAGACAACCCAGAACUUAUACAUCUGUUAUGCCCCAUGCGACCACUGCCUGUGCGACUUUCAAUCCCCCCGAUCCCUUCCGCUCUUUCAUUAUCCUCCAAAAGCCGGCACUCUAUAUUUAGCCCAGGUUAGGUUAUCAUCUAGCUUCCAACUUCCAAAUAUCACCAUCGUUUAAGAACUGGAAAUCUGAGCAUAGCCAAGAUGGGUAUUCCCGCUGCCUUUCGUUGGCUUUCCAACAAGUACCCAAAGAUCAUAUCCCCCGUCGUUGAGGACAGGCCGAUUGAGAUGGAUGAUGGCUCGGUUAUUCCUGUUGAUACCACCCGACCCAACCCGAACGGCGAGGAAUUCGAUAAUCUCUAUCUUGACAUGAAUGGUAUCGUACAUCCGUGUUCGCACCCUGAGGAUAGACCCGCCCCAAAAGAUGAGGAAGAGAUGAUGUUAGAAAUCUUCAAGUAUACCGACCGCGUAGUCAACAUGGUUCGCCCAAGGAAGCUGCUCAUGAUUGCCAUUGACGGUGUUGCCCCUCGCGCUAAGAUGAACCAGCAACGAUCCCGACGGUUUCGUUCUGCUCAAGAAGCUAAGGAAAAACAGGCUGGCAAGGAGGAGCUACUGAAGAUGAUCAAGAAACAAAAUGGCGGUACAUUACCACCUGAAACUCUUGAGGAAGUAACCAAGAAAGCCUUCGAUUCCAACGCCAUUACACCUGGUACACCCUUUAUGGAUAUACUUGCGAUGUGCUUGAGAUAUUGGUGUGCAUAUAAGCUUAACACUGAUCCCGGCUGGGCAAAUAUGAAAGUGAUCAUUUCCGACGCUACAGUGCCCGGUGAGGGUGAGCAUAAGAUCAUGAACUUUGUCCGCUCACAGAGAGCAUCUCCUGACCACGAUCCCAACACGAGGCACGUUAUAUAUGGAUUAGACGCCGAUUUGAUCAUGCUAGGACUCGCCACCCAUGAGCCUCAUUUCCGUGUCCUUCGAGAGGAUGUCUUUUUUCAGGACGGUAAGGCAAAGGGCUGCAGGCUUUGCGGACAGAAAGGUCACGAUGCGCGAGAUUGCCGCGGCGCCGUUAAGGAGAAAGACGGCGAAUCUAGUGAGAAGGAUAAGGCUUUCCCGCUGAAGCCUUUUAUCUGGCUUCAUGUCUCAGUGUUACGAGAAUAUCUAGCCGUUGAGCUCGACGUGCCUGGAUUGCCAUUUCGGUUUGAUUUAGAACGUGCCAUCGAUGAUUGGGUUUUUAUGUGUUCCUUUGUUGGCAAUGAUUUCCUUCCCCAUCUCCCCGCUCUUGAAAUUCGCGAGAAUGGUAUUGAUACAUUGACCGCCAUCUGGAGGGAUAAUCUACCAGCCAUGGGUGGCUUCCUUACCAAGGACGGUCAUGUCAAUCUCGAGAGAGCUCAAUAUAUUCUCAAUGGCCUCGCGAAGAAGGAAGAUGCCAUUUUCAAAAGGCGAAAAGAGACUGAGGAUAGAAGGGAAGCUAGCUUCAAAAGACGUAAGCUGCAAGAUCAAAGGAAUGGGCGUAAUGGAAGAGGCGCUAAUGACGCCGCCGAAAACGCCCUUCCUGCGGGCCUCCCUAAGGCUCUCACACACGACAUGAUUGUGAACCGAGGCGCUGCUCAAGAGGCUAAUGAAGCUAACAAGAGCGCCGCGGCAGUGCUCAAGAGUCGCAUUCAAGCGCUUCAAUCAGGUGUCACCACUGAUACUGCCGAAAAAGGCAGCGCGGAAUCCCAGGAGUCGCCUUCCGCUCUUGGCAAACGUAAAGCUUCCAUAAUGGAAGAUGCGGCAAGUACUCCUGGGAGUAGCUCAGCCGCAAGCGACGAGCCAGAAGAUUCAGUUCGGCUAUGGGAGGAAGGCUAUGCCGAUAGGUAUUACGAGCAAAAAUUCCACGUCGACCCGAAGGACAUCGAGUUCCGACAUAAAGUUGCUCGAGCUUACGUCGAAGGACUCGCCUGGGUUUUGAGGUAUUACUUCCAAGGAUGUCCAUCAUGGGAGUGGUUCUACCCCUAUCAUUAUGCGCCAUUCGCACAGGAUUUUGUGGAUAUUGGCAAAAUAGAAAUCAGCUUUGAGAAGGGCAGGGUCGCGAAGCCCUUUGAGCAACUCAUGAGCGUCCAGCCUGCCGCGUCCCGUCACGUGCUCCCAGAGGUUUUCCACGACCUAAUGACCGACGAGGAAAGUCCAAUCAUCGACUUUUACCCCGAAGAUUUUCAGAUCGAUCUUAACGGAAAGAAGAUGGCUUGGCAGGGAGUGGCACUUCUCCCAUUUAUAGAGAUGCCUCGACUUCUAGCUGCUGUCGAGGAGAAAUAUCCUCUCUUAAACACAGAAGAUGCUGCCCGGAACAGCCCCGGCAGGGACGUUCUCCUUCUAUCCGAGGCCAACCAAGAUCUAUACGACGACAUAAUUACACAUUUCUAUUCCAAGAAACAAGGUGAUUCUAUACAUAAACUCGACCCACGCCUGAGUCAAGGUUUAUCUGGGAAGAUCGAAAAGGUUCCCGAGUAUCUACCUCAUGGUAGCUUGGAAUAUCCCUUAGAGAGGGACGCUCUACCUAAUGUAGAUGAUGAUCGAUCGCUAACGGUUUAUUACGAAGCAUCAGGUGACACACACGGUCACAAAUCUAUGCUUCUAAGGGGUGCUCAGAUGCCAACACCAGCACUUGACCGUAACGAUAUUGAGGAUUUGAAGGGAAAGAUGCGAAAUUCUGGUCGAAGCCAUGGAGGCGUACCUCUUGGACGAGGUAAUUAUGGCGGGGGUAGAGGUAGAGGAGGUAGGUUCAACUACGGACCGGAUUCUCGACGAGAUAGGUUUGAUCAAUCAUCGUCGCACCAGAAUGGUUACAACAACAACAACUCGUACUCUGCCCCUCCUCCCGUCCCUCCUCCAGGUUGGGUCCCGCCACCCCCCGGAUUCCCUGGCUUCGGGAAUGGAUUCCCGCCCCCACCUCCUCCGGCAUAUCUCGGUGGCGGUGGUCGCGACGGCUAUGGCAACGGGCGCGGUGGCCAACAGGGGGGUCAGCAUAGAGGAAAUCAUGGAGGAAACUACGGAAACCAAGGAUACGGAGGAGGAUAUCCUCCCCCGCCCCCUCAGAACGGCUACGGUAGUCAGUAUGACAGGCCACCUCAUGGGCGUGACAACCGCGAUCGUCGAUCAAAUGAGGGACGCGGCGGGUAUCGAGGAAAUGGUGGUUAUGGUCGCGGAUAUAGAGGAUAAGGCGGGAUUGUAUCGUAUCUGGUAGUGGUACAUUUAGGCAAUGAAACCUUCGACUAGAACGAUCAUACAUCUGCAAUUAAGACUGGUCGAACCAUGUUUUGCUAUGGUUAUAAUUAUACUAUCGAGACUUUCUAGUCUCUAGUCUUAGUGACACCAGAAGCUGACUGGUCACCUAAAGAUGGAUAUCCUCUUGGAGAUAUUGGAUCUUCUAUUUCCCGAUUCGUCUUACCUACUUGCGUAAAGAUUUAAUGGUGUCCAUAUACAUUUUAUAGCUGUA